UAUUUAAGAUUUCAAACUCUAGAAACAUUAUUAGUACAAUAGGAGGGCCGCUAAAAGUUGGGUCGUUUGUUUUCCGAGAAAUUUUAAUAAGCCUACAAAAAGGUAUUCUGGAGCAGCUCUUACUAGGAAAAUACCAAGAUGAUUCUGGCGCAGCAAGAUUGCGGCUGCCAAACAGUAGUAGAAGGUGCCAGUAUCCUGAACUCCACAGCAUGUAGCGGCACCUAUCUGUUCAUGGUACUCCUACAAGGGUACUUAUGGGGCCGCUGCGAAAUCGCCACGCCUUGCAAGAGAAUCGAAUCCAUAGACGAAACAGAGUCAGAAUAUGACUUCAUAGUAGUGGGAGCUGGGUCUGCAGGAUCCAUUGUAGCUGGGAGACUGAGCGAAAAUACUACAUAUAAAGUCCUUCUAUUAGAAGCUGGUGGGCCCGAACCUCUGGGUGCUCGUGUCCCAUCAUUUUACAAAACUUUCUGGGGCCACGAUGAGGUAGACUGGCAAGGGCGAGCCGUACCUGAUCCCAACUUCUGCCGCGACCAAGGAGAACUCGGGUGCCAAUGGCCGCUAGGAAAAAGCUUAGGAGGAUCUAGUCUCCUCAACGGUAUGAUGUACCACAAAGGCCACGCCGCUGACUACGAGACCUGGGUGGAAGAAGGCGCGGAAGGUUGGUCCUGGGACGAGGUCAAACCAUUCAUGGACUUGGCCGAAGGUAACAGACAAGUGGGAAGCCUCGUCGAAGGGAAGUACCACUCCGAAACUGGACGCAUGCCAAUACAAACAUUUAACUACCAGCCCCCGCAGCUUAGGGAUCUAAUAGAAGCAAUCAACCAGACGGGACUGCCGAUCAUCACGGACAUGAACAACCCGAACACACCCGACGGCUUUGUAGUAGCACAAACCUUUAAUGACAAUGGCCAGCGCUACACCACAGCCCGCGCAUACCUGGCUCCCAAAUCCGAGCGACCCAACCUGAGCGUCAAACUGUACGCCCACGUGACUAAAGUACUCUUCGACGGGAAGAAGGCUGUGGGAGUGGAAUACGUCGACAAAAACGGCAAUACGAAAACUGUCAAGACUACUAAAGAGGUAAUCGUGUCAGCAGGACCAUUGACCAGUCCUAAAAUCCUGAUGCAUUCUGGUGUGGGACCUAAAGAGGUCUUAGAGCCAUUGGGCAUUCCCGUAGUAGCUGACGUGCCCGUCGGUAAGAGGCUGAGGAACCACUGCGGGGCCACGCUGAACUUCCUCCUCAAGAAGUCCAACAACACCCAGUCUUUGGACUGGAGUGCACUGACUGACUACUUGCUGGAACUUGACGGGCCUAUGAGUUCUACUGGGCUUACUCAGCUCACUGGCCUCCUAUACUCAAGCUACGCAGACAAGAGUCGCAAGCAGCCAGACCUACAGUUCUUCUUCAACGGUCUGUAUGCUGACUGCUCCAAGACUGGUGUUAUCGGCGAACCGGCUGAGGACUGCAGCGAUGGCUACAAAAUCUCAGCGAAUGCCGUAGCCCUGCUCCCGCGCAGCGUGGGCCACGUGACCAUCAACUCGACAGAUCCCUUCAAGUCAGCGCUGUUCUACCCCAACUUCUUCUCUCACCCAGACGACAUGAACAUCGUGAUGGAAGGCGUUGAUUACUUACGCAAGAUUUUCGAAAGUCAGGUGCUACAAGAGAAAUACAAAGUAGAACUAGACCCGGAAUACACAAAAGAGUGUGACGACUACAAAUCGUGGUCAAGAGACUGGAAGGAGUGUAUGAUUCGCCUACACACUGACCCACAGAACCAUCAGCUCGCUACCAACGCUAUUGGCAAGGUCGUUGACCCGCAGCUUAGGGUUUAUGACGUCAAAAACUUGCGAGUAUGUGACGCGGGUUCAAUGCCCUCACCGCCGACCGGCAACCCUCAAGGCGCUAUCAUGGUGGUAGCAGAACGAUGCGCACACUUCAUCAAACAGACUUGGCAAUAGAACCACGAGCUUACAACAUAUACCCUAUGCAAUGUUAUCCUUGUUAUUAUCAAUUACGUACAUAAAGUACGAGAAUUAUGUUCCUCUUCCAGUGAAUAAAAUGUUGAAUAUUUA